CCAUCUCCCGUCAGUUCAUUUUGGACGGUCGUGUGAAUCAGUCGUGCAAAGUUUGUUUUUCCUGUGUGCUCCGAAGUGGAAAGCGAUUGUUCGGUGGAAAUUCGCAGCUCUCGAGGGGGUUCCGUUUACACAGGAUACAGGCCAACAUUUGUUCUAAAUAGAACAACUGUGCACUGUGCGCUGCUGCUGCUGCUGCUGCUGGAAAAGGAUACUCGGUCGCGGUGACACUGAAGGAAAAGCUCACGAAAGCACCCAGUUUGUGAGGGUGGUCCUGUUUUCAGGGUGCUCCCCAACGGUCGGGUUGUUGUAUAAUCAGUUUGUGAGUUGGAAUCGAAAGUGAUUGGUCGCAGUUUUUCUUUUCUCGUCCGGUGUGAAUAGUGAUUCUGCAGUGAAAACUCCUUUUGCAAAAGAAUAGCGAAGAAAAGUGUGCUUCUUGAAUUGAUGUUGUGAUUGCAAAUGGAUAUGAAUUAAUUAUAGCAUGAUUAACAAUCGAUCCAGCUCGUGGUGGCGUCAGGUGGAGUGAAGGUGUGGUUAAAGUGCUUUCAACGCACCGAAACGCGUCCGUCGUCUUCGUCUUUCCCAGUGGAUUGGGCGAAAAUUUCGCCAAGUGUGCUAUCCUUCUCGCCCUUCCUUUGUACGUGUGGCCAUCCGAAACGAGAGCUCUGAAAACAAUAUUAUGGAAUUAUGUUUGCCGAACGGAAUCUCCUGAGCUGUUUAUAUAAUACCCUGGUUUUCAUGCAGCUGCUCUACGUGACGCGUUCGUUCGGUGUGGUCUACGACGAGUACGUCGUCGAUCAGGGCAAGAAUCUGACGCUGCCAUGCCGGUCCUCCUACCCGGUGAUGUGGGUGCACGAGGGACGUCGCGAUGACUUCCAGCAGCGAUUCCAGAGUGACGGCUCCCUCCAGCUCACAAACCUGACAUCCAAAGAUGGCGGCAAAUACACGUGCUCGGAGUUGGUCCCAACCUUCACCACGGUACAGCUCGACGACAUUCCAUCGGCGGAAGACAGCAACGGCACCGGCGAGGCAUUGCUAAUGUUCGGUCCUCGUAACGACACCCAGAACAUCAGUAGCAGCAGCGAAGAGGACGAACCAUCGACGCCAUCGUCGCCACAGUUCGACAGCACUCCCGAUCGAUACGUGCAGAUCCGACAGUUCAACGUAAAGGUGCGAACACCUCCGUUGGCCGUGUCCAACUUUUUUGUGCGGGCCUCCACCAUCAUUGCCGUGCUGGUUUGGGAGGUUAUGCCCAAUCGGACCGGAGGCUACGCCAUCCGGGACUUUACCGCUGAGAUGCGUAAGCUUCGGUGGAGCGACGAGGAACCCGAGGAACGCUGGGAAACAAUCGAUCCGCGGCACAUCAGCCCGAAUGCGCGUCAGCUGGAGAUCUACCAUCUGAUCCCGAACACGACGUACGAGUUCCGGAUCUGGGCCAACAACGCUCUGGGAGCCGGAGAAGUGAUGACCAUCACAGCGACCACCUCACCCGAUAUGGAGGAGAAAGACCUGAUCCGGCGGAUCAUGAUCGAUGCACAGAACUUCGAUACCCGCGUUUGGAUCGCAGCAGUCGGCGUCGUCAUGGGAACGCUGGUCAUCCUGACGCUCGGGACCUGCAUCGUGCUGUACAAGGAGUGCCGCGAACCUAUCGAAAAAGAAGAAGAGCUGGACAGUUUGGAGCUGGUGCCGAACAUCAUUCUGAAUCCGGGCUUCUGUGACUCCGACGACCAGGGGCAGAAUCCGCUAUCACCGCCAGUGCCUCGAACACUGGCAUUCUCACCGGUAGCCGUAGGAAACAACCAUCUAAGCUCGCAUCAUAACCGUCGCGGAAGCAGCUACCACAGUCGGUAUCACUAUGACGACGAUGAUGACUACGAACCAAUGACAUUUAGCCGUCGCAUGUCGAUCUUCUUUACUGGCAACACGAUCAAGCGAAUUUGAGUAAAGGUAUUCCCGGAGGAUUCCGCCAGGAGGUUUUACUAGAAAGAGAAGAACUAACGGGUAUCGCACGACGGAAUGGGUGCUUCGAGAUCUCGUGUCUCUUGCUUUCUGUUGCGUUGACCACUUCGCUCAGCUCUACAGGUCGGGCGGUCAGACGCAGGAAGAGACAGGCAAUUCGGAAGUGACCGCACCGUAUCUAUCAGCCAAUCAGAAAGAUUCUAUCCUUCGGGAAGACGACGUCAAAUCGGACACUGGAAAGUGUCCCCUUGUGUAUACUUCUUAGCGUGAACAAACACAUGUAUCGCACAUGCAUGUGCCUUUUUGUUUCAGUGUAUGAGCGUUUCCAUGAGUUACCAUUUUGCUUCGGAUUGAUCGAGUGAGCGCGAUGCUAGCGCCGCCACGUGUCUAAGCUUCCAACCUACCCACCCGUCAUGAGUAGGUCCUAUGCGUUUGAUUUGAAACUGAUUUAAGGGACGGAUCGUGUCCUGAAUCCGAUUUUAGUUUGUCUAGGAAUAUGUGAAAUGAAAUGUGAUAAAUCGGACUAGAAUAUAAAGGAAUGCAAAUGAAAAUCGAUUGGUACAAUAAUAAUAAACUAUUCAGUAAAUAUUAGAGCAAAAUUAAGUGAAAUGCACUGUUGAUUACCAGAAAGGGCAAGGUAGCUUUUGUAAGAAAACCCCUUAAAAUCGAUCAAAAACAAAAUCAUACCUGUAUAAAAAAAAAACAUCAACCCACAAAAAAGGGUGAAAAUUCAACUGUUACAUAGCGCAACUAAAGAAAACCAAAGAAGGGUCGUUUUAGAAGACUGUAGAAACGUUGACACAUCUAGUUAAGAAUCGUUCAUCGAGGGUGUAUGAGCCCGAAAUGGGUAAUAAUCAGCUUUGCAGCACUGCUUCGCGAAACGUUGAAUAACUAUUGCGGUACGAAGAUGAGAGUGAGAAUAAAACAUGAAGAAAACUGUGCUUAUUCUUAGGUUAGAUCAACGCCACGAACAAAAAAAAGUUUCUUCCUAAUUAUGAGACUCAUUAUCGUAUUUUCGUUGCAUUAAAUUAUAGGAUAGCGAUGUAAAUGACGCAAUGACAAAUAAAUAAGCAUUAUCAAUUCUGGCGUUUGACAUCAUGUGGGUGUAAUUUCUGUGAUCGAUAUCUCUCACGUUUAAUAAGUUUUUGGAAGUCUUUCCGAUUCAGUAUGAAAAAGAAGAAACGGUUGAGAUUAAUUGAUCACUAAUAUUAGGCCCCAAAAAUGUUGAACGCGAAGACCAAGUAGGCCAUGCUCCACGCUUCGUUGACGUUUGUGACGAAAAUUGAAAUCUUCUCAAUCACAUUGGCCGGCGUAACUGACAACUUUUGCUCACUUGCUUUAAUGGAUUGUCGAAACGAAUCGGAUUACAAUCCCGACAUAAUAAUGAACCGUAACCAGCCGUAAUCCUAUUAUUUGCUUUCUGUGCAUUCAUGGAAUAAUGGAAGGCUUGGUUUUACUUCUGCCUUCAUUGCUGUCACUAAAAAAUUCACCAUUUUAUGCUUCCGUCAAUUUUUGUUACCAUUUGCAUCGCGACGAACUGAGUACUGCUAGGAAAGCAGUGUGCUUUAAACAAUUCUGCUUGCCAUACCGCACACACACAUAAAAAGGCAUAAAAAGCGGAAAGCACAUCGAAGCACUGAACUGAAAAAUAAUUAAAUUUGAAAAAAAAAACUGUAAAGUAAAAAAUGCGAUCAGUAGUUACAACAACAAUCAUUCGAAAAAGUGUGAACGUAUGAAUCGGCGACGAUGGCCUUGCAAAAAGGCUACGUGAGAAUGGGAGCGUUAUCGCAGCAUGCCAUGGCUCCUGCUGGCAUCAUGUCACAGCCUACCAUUUUGCAUUUGUCCUGCCCUGAACCACCGAAUACCCGAAUGUGCGACCUGAGAACCAGUAGGUAGAAGAACACUGUUCAUCAACGUAUCGGCGACUGGAUUAAUCGUCGCGGUUAGGAUUGCAUGUUUCGCGCUCGUUACGGAUAACGAUGGUGGUGAACCGGUGGAUUUCAAUGAGAAGGUAUUUGCGUUGUAUUUGCUUUAUUGCGUCUAUUUUUUUGACCUUCAUUAUUUUUUUACCUAUAAAAUUUCUUGAAAUUAAUGCAACGUUACAAAAAUUCUUUGAUUUUGAAUCGGUUUAAGCAAAUAACGAACGUGUAACACUAUAAAGAGCACACACCUUUCUCUUUCUUGCACAGCGUGCGAAAUCUUUCCCAGCUUCAAAAUAAAGAAGUAUUCCAAGCUACAGGAAGAAGCUUUCCCAAUUUCAGGAGGAAUAAUUUCAAGUUAGGAAAAAAUUCAAGGUUCAGGAGGAAGCUUCUCUAACUUCAGAAAGAAGCUUUAAAAACUUCAGUAGGAAGCAAGGUAAGAAGUCCAGCAGCCUUCAGGAAAAAAGCUUUCCCA